AUGUACCGCCGGGCUUAUUUGCCAACUUAUGUACGCUGCCUUGUAACGGCUCCAGUUUUGUGUUUUGUCGUUGAAGCGUUUUGCCCCUCCUUGCUUUCUUUACACCGCAGCCUUGCCUUCUGUGUUCGGGUGUUCCUGCAGGAUGAAAUGGCAGCGGAGGUCUUGAAAGAGUAUUUGCUGCGCUGGCGACGAGACGAGCGAGGUCGUUCGCUGACCUCAACAGCAGCCAGAACGACUUCGGUAGCUUUGGAACUGCCGCGUAGCUUUAGGCCGCAUCGCAUCGUUCCACUGGUUUAUCUUGGGGCCCUGAAAGACGUGGCAGAUGCGUGGGCGUUGCAUCAGCGGCUGCUACCGGAGGAACUGCUGCUGACUGUGUCCACGUGCAGCCGCAGCUCCACGCCAAUGCUGGAGAUGCGGGAGUUGCUUCCGGUGAGAACGCCACGCAAGGCGGGGGUUGCUCCUCGGGUGCAGCGGCUGGCGGUGUGCUCGUGGGAAAGACUGAGCGAGCUUGUCCAUAAUCUUUCUGGCGGUGCGACGUCUCAAGCGGGGGCGGAAAAGGGGGUGCGGGAAACAGCGGCAUGGCUACGGCAUUCGCUGGAGUCGAGGUCGUUUUUAGGUGACGGCGAUAGCGCGGAAGUGCCAUCGCGGGAGACGGCGGCAGGGGGCGGUGGCACUGGGUUGGUUUACCUGAAGCUCUGUCUGCCAUGGCGGGAUGAACCGGCGUUCCCGGCGCGGGAGCACUUCGUGGUCGCCACCGCACUCAUGCAGGCGGUGGUGAAUGGGUUGGGGAAGGCGGUUGUGUGCCACUGUGUGGCGGGCGCAUCGCGCUCCGUCACGCUUGUGUGUGCAUACCUUCUCCGCUGCUGCUGUAGUGGUGGUGACGCGGCUGGGCGCGCUCAUGGAGGCGCGGCGGAGGAGGCUGUAAAGACGGUUCUUGAGUUUGUGCGUGAAGUUCGACUGUGUGCAUGCCCCAAUGAGGGUUUCAUGCAGCAGCUGACGGAGUACGCCAGCCUUCUUCUCUCUGCCAACAACAGGCUCACGUAA